AUACUGACUAACAGAGGAUCGAAACCGAAGUUCGGUGUGUGUGUGUGUGUGUGUGUGUGUGAAGUCAAGUACACCGUGAUUUGCCUCCAUCGGGAGUGACUCUGGGUAGGAUGGACGAGCCCAUGGAGGACCAGGGCGGUGUGAAUCAAUCAAAUGAACAACACCAGCAACAGUCGAUCGACACUGAACGAAAGAAAUUACCGUCUCUCCUGCGGCCAGUAGUGAUGGGUGCAAUUACUAAGGAGGAAUAUUCCACCCAAUACUGGCCUAAAUUAGAAAAUGCCAUUAUUCAGCUGUUGACACAGACACCUGGCGACUAUAUUCCUAUAUCGUAUGAACAAAUGUACAGUUGUGUAUAUAAAUGUGUUUGUCAGCAGCACUCAGAACAGAUGUACAAUGAUCUAAUUAAAGUAGUAACUCAACAUUUAGAAAGACUGUCAACGGAACUUCAGGCAAGUUCGAUUGAUGUCUAUGUAGAACGUUUUAAUUUUGCACUUACGCAGUAUACACAAGCAUUAGGGGGCAUUGUUCCCAUCUUUAACUACAUGAAUCGUUUUUAUGUUGCAACAAAGCUCAACACGGAUUUAAAAGAUGAAUUAUCACAUUUAUACACAGUUUAUGUUGCAGACAAACAUGUUACUGGGUUAUUUACUUUGCUUGAAGAAGCCCAACACAAGCCUUUUACUGUUUCUCCUCCAACUAUGGCAAAUAUUAUUAAAGGACUUCACCAUCUUAAACCUGCUUAUGCACAGCUAAAACCCUAUUUAUUUGCUAAAUUUAUCCCCAAUAUUUUACCUCCUGCGCAAGAGGACCUUUUAGAACAGUAUGUUGAAGAAACAAGGCAAAUGCAACAAGAACUCAUUGAACGUCAAGGAUAUUCAAGGGAUAACCAAGGAAGGAAAAGGCCUGGUGAAGACAGUAUGCAAAAAUCUGUGUCGUCAAGUUACAUGCCAAAGAACUCUUCCAGUUGAGAGAUUUGGAAUUUGGUUGACUCCAAAGUUGUGAUGUAAAUAGAAUCGUGUAUAAAUUACAUUUUAUGCAUGUGCUUUUAAAACAGUGCCCCUCAAACAAAUAAAAGGAUGGACACACACAUCAGUCUUGAAUUGCUUCCCCUACCAUCUUCACCACAUACUAUUCAGUUUUUAAAAAAGCAUUCGCAAAGCUUCUCUAAGCAAACAAUGACUUAACGCUCACAGAAAAAAUGAAUCAGGUUCCAGACAAUCAAAAACAGUGACAACGCGACUGCUGUGUGAAUGAUUUUUGUUCGCUUUCUAUGACAUUGUAAUUUGUUGAAACACGUGACUGGUGAAGCCGCAAUGACAUCAUCAAACGCCAAAUUCGUAAAAGAACAGGAGUUGUUUGGCAUAUUCACAUUUUAGUCGUGAGUGUUACUCCGUUGCUAGGUACAUAUUAAAGUGCAGUGCAAUUGACUAUUAUUUAAACUGAUAUUUACUAGUACCAUAUUUUCAGUUCUGUUUUCUCGUAUAUCAGACCAGUAAGUGUAGAGCUGCCUGCCUACACAAGAGACAGGAUUUGCAUUAUGUAAUCUAUUAGAUGUCCAAAUACUCACUUAUUGUGUAUUUAAUUUACAGAUCAUUUAUCAUGUAUAAAAGUUGAUAUGAUCAAAACGAAAUAUUGAUUAAUUUUGCUUUGUUAUUAACCAUAUUGCAUUGCAGCAAUAAAACCAAAAUGGCGGAAGAUCGUAAA